AUGGCGCAGAACCCAACGUCCGAGUCGGUCGAGGGCUGCCCCGACAACGUCGUCGUGCGUCUCAAUGCAGUUCCCGCGCUCGUUGAAUGGGUUAGUUCCGAUGGGCAGACAACCCAGCUUGGCGACUCUUUAUCCGCCUCCCCAGUCUCCCUCGACAUGACCUUCGAUUCCACGGCCAAGUCUAUUUUCCUCAGGCUUCGCAUCACCGUCCAGAUCCACCGGGACUCGAGCAACAAAACGCCACUGUAUCUACACAUCGGGCCCGAAGACAUCGAGAUCAUUGCCUGCCAAGGUGCCGCUCAAAGUCAGGCCACUCCCACUCAGAAUUCCUUCGAGAUCAGGCUGAGACGGUCUGUGGCUUUGAUCGGUCCUCCGUUUCGGCUUCGCCCAUCCAACAAGGCUCGCGCGAGUGUGGUAAACGCUGCAAAAGAACUUGCUACGAGACGCGAAUUCUCGAUACACGUUCAAAAUGGCUUGUUAUCCGAACCCCAGUUCAAGGCAAUUCGCGAAGCCGUAUACAGCGAAUAUCAUUCUAGCGGUGCACACUUAGAUCUUGCCUCCUUGUAUGGGGGCCUUGGGGGCAAGCAAAUUGUGGCAAGAGAUGCCGAUAUCAUCCCUGCACCUGAUGACGGGACAGAAGCGCCUCCGUCUUAUGACGAGGUGGAAGCGCCGCCCCCGAUGGCACCCCUUUGGCAGGCGUCAGACCCGGGGCCAUCGAGCAAAAAGCGCCGGCUGAGUAGCUCGGCCGCUGACGCCACUGCAUCCCUGCUGUCUGUCGAAACCAUCUGCAGAAAGCUUAUGGCCGAGCAGCAAGCCAAGACGGAGCAAUCCUUGCGGGCUAUGGAGGACAGACUAACCACACACUUGGACAACAGGUAUGAUCGUCUGCAAAAGGAAAGCCAAGAAGCUCGGGACGAACUCUCGCGCGAGCUGAGCUCAAAAAUGAGCGAGUUGCAGGGCCAGGUCAACGAGCUGAAACAACAAGUCGAUGGACUGAACGAAAACAUGGUGGAAGAGCUUGAGAAGCUGUCCGAAGAGAUUCAAGUAGUCAGCGACGACAUCGACAGCAGGGUCGACUUUAGGGUGGACGACACUGCUGUCGGCUUCAAGAUCGAGCUCGAGGAGUUUAUACGCGACGAGUUGAAAGACGUCGAGGAGGCUGUUAAGGGCAGCCUGAGGCGGGCUAAUGGCCAUGCGACCUCCCAGUACUGCCGCCUCCUAUCUCACUACUCAAAUCAAAACACCGUUCCUCUACCGUACACCGAGCUCUGCCGGCAUAUUGGCACCUUCCUCAGGGCAUAUGUCUGCCAUCUGGUGGCGUACCUGCAGAGCCAGCGAUCCCAUGAGCGCGUCUUACUACGCCUUUCCAUAAAAGUCAUCCCUGCCCUGACCGGUAUCGUCCCUGUCCUGGCCGUCUCCCUGCACAGGGACAACCCUGCUUACUGGCUCCCUGGGGGACUCGCGAGAGCGGUGAACAAGCCAUACGAGGCCGACGGCAAGGCCAGAGACAGCUAA